AUGAAUCCGCUUAAUAUAGCUGAAUGGUCUCCAGACCAAGUGUCGGAAUGGAUGUUGGGUCUGGGGCCGAUGGUCUCCCAGUAUUCUCCGGAGUUUAUCAAGAAAGGUGUCAAUGGGGCUAAACUGCUGACUCUGCGGUGUGACGACUUAGAGUACCUUGGAAUUCAAGUAAUUGGUCACCAGGAGCUUUUAUUAGAAGCUGUGGAGCAUUUGAGAAACUUUCAUUAUGAGAUAUCUCGGGAGUGUGUCCAGCAACUAGCUCUUCGUGUAUCAGCUGCCGCUGCAUCUUUGGCACGAGCGUUGCGCCAUCACGCUGACACUCGUUUGGAGACACAUUCACUUGCUGAUGUUGCCAGGACUGUGCAUGCGGUUAAGCCUUUGGUAUGCUGGCUCGACAGAUGGCCUCUCUGCUCGGGGGCUCCUUUAGCGGAGAGGAAAGCGGCCUUACUGAAGUUAUCCUUGGAGGCUGCCACUUGUGCGCAGAGGGACAGGUUUGCAGAACAACCGGCUCGUGCCGUCGCCGCUGCGGCCGCCGCAGCCGCCGCUGUCGCUGAUUAUAUCAUUCAGGACGUGUCGGACCCCUUGAUCCUGCAGCCCUCGUGGGUGGACACCGUGACUCUGCGCCAGGCCGGCAAGCCCCUGGGCUUCCACGUGCUUCCCUCCUUCUGUGGCCAUCAUCAGAUAGCCCACAUACGCUUCGGAUCCCCCGCCCACGCUUCGGGGCACGUUCACGAGGGAGACGAGAUCGUCCAGGUAGGCGACGUAUGCGUGCUAGGCUGGAGCGGAGAGGCCGUGGAGCGCGCCUGUGCCGCCGUCGCCGGUCGGGCCUCGGGCGAGUUGGUGCUGCGCCUGCGCCGGAGAGGGGCCCGAGCCCUCCCGACGCCCCCCCUCCACACGCGGGCCCCUCGGCCCCGGGCCCAUCGCCUGAGGCUGCCCCCGCUGUCGGACCAUCGAAUGUUGCACAGAUACGAGCUGGAUUUCCCGAUAGUGGCGAAUCCGCCGGCCCUGCCCCGUUCCCCGGUGGAGGAGAAGGAGGAGCCUCCCCCUCACUCCCCCGCCUGCUCCCCCGAAUGCUCCUCGGACGAGAGCGAGCCCCUCUCUCCCCCCGCCUCGCCCACGCACCUGCACCUCGACAGGGCCCGGUACCCCUCUAAGAUGUUGUUUGGGUUCAUUUAUUUAGAAGCAGACCGAGGGGCAAGUGGAAGGCGGUUGCAAGUCUUAUUAACAGCGCGGGAACAUGAAGAAUGGUCUUGUUCUCCUACACUCGGGUAUGGCAAGGGAGACCGAGUGGUGUUUAGGAAAUAG